GGCCGUCUUCAAACUCACUCAUGACUGUUAGAGCAAACGAAUCCUUCAUUUCUUAAGUUUUGCGAGUCUUAACUUCAGAACCAGGUUACUGUGCACCCACCGAGUCCACUCUCUUCUCUUUUGCCUGUAGUUUGAAGAGUAUAUCUAAUUCCCGAGAGUCUUUAGUAGCUGUGGCUAGCUGCCGAGCUAACUUCUUCAUAGGCAACAAUGACAGCGACUUCUGCGGGCAGCAGCAGCUGCCUCACGGCUAAAGGACUGGAUAUAAGUCUGGCGGCUCUGCAGCGACAGGACCCUUACAUCAAUAACAUCGUGGAUGUGGCCAGCCAAGUCGCCCUGUAUACUUACAACAACAGGGCGAAUGAGUGGGAGAAGACAGAAGUUGAAGGCACACUUUUCAUCUACACCAGGCUGGCUUCUCCCAGACAUGGUUUCACCAUUAUGAACAGACUGAGCAUGGAAAAUCUGACAGAGCCCAUCACCAAAGACCUCGAUUUCCAGCUCCAGGACCCCUUCCUGCUUUACCGCAACGCACGAUUGGUUAUCCACGGCAUUUGGUUUUAUGAUAAGGAGGACUGUCAGCGCAUCGCCCAGAGGAUGAAGAUUCUGACCCAGCAGGAGCAGGCCUUGGCUCAGUCCCAGGGUGGCUGGCUGUCUCCAGGAGGAGGAGGAGGAGGAGGAGGUAUUGGAGGAUUAUUAGGAGGAGGAGGAGGAGGAGGAGGAGGAACUGAAGCAAAGGGGGUGGACAUUAUCCAGAUGUUAACCAAAGCACGCACGGAGUACGACAAGGAGAAGUCUACCUCAGAGCCGAAGGAGAUUGGCGGCAGCAGCGUUCUUUGUGGAAAUCCCAACCUGAUCAAACCGAUACCUGUUAAACCCAACGCUCAGGACAACGAUGGUGCUGAACCCAAGUCUCUGUCUUUGGCUGCUCUGUUUGGCUCCCAGCCUCAGCCUUACGCCUCUCCUAAAUCGCCCCCCCCUCCGGCUGCAGCCGCUCCUCCGAUGGGCUCUUCUCCAGGGAAAGCCACCCGCCCGCCCGUCGCCCGCACGCUCACCUACGAUGACUCCCUCAACUCUGGCAGAGGCGUGACCUCCAACGGGGGGAACCCUGCCCCUGCUGGGAUCUCAGAUGGAGGCACGAGGGCCUCGGCGGGGGAGGAUUGCGGGAAGGCUGCAUCGGGCCUGCUGCUGAGUCCCAGCGCCGCUCAGCCGCAGCCCAACGCGCCGCAGCACUGCCCGGCCAUCGCCAAGCUCAUGCAGGGACAGAGGGCCGUUGGAGGGGUGCUGCAGACCCUGUCCGAGUCCCCCGAGAACCGGCUGUGCGACAACGGCGCGCCGCUGGAGCAUCACCACCACCAUCUUUACCACCUCCACCACCAGCAGCAGCUGCAGCAGCACCACCACGCCCACCACCACCACCAGCUUCAUCCGGACCCCAUAAAGAGACUCUUCCAAAGCCAGCCCGCUCCCCCUCCCCCUCCCAACGCCUCCUUCUGCCCCCCUGCUCCCUCGUUUUGCCCCAGCCUGCCUCACGUGCAGCAGCAGAACCCUCACCUGCCUUCCCAGCCUGUGAUGAAUAAUCCCGUGUCAUGUUCCCACCUUCAACCUCAAAGCCAGCCGCUGUUUUUGAGUCUCUCCAAGUCUCAGGCUGAAUCGCAGCAGAGCAGCCAGACGGCUCCGGCUGCACGGGCAGCAGGUUUGUUGCCAGCUCAGGUGACCAGUGAUCAAGCCAUUCAACCUCCACUAGGCUUGUCUUCUCAUAUGCAAGGUGUGGUGUCUCCUCACGAGCUCCUCCAAAAGCUCCAGUUGGUUCAGCAAGAGCAGAGCCUGGCCUCUCAAGAGCCGCCUCGAUUCUGCCCGGGUUUGGCCCCUCGAUUCCUGGGCCCCUCCCAAAAUCCAGGCGCAGCCCCAGCCCCGAACGCGGCCACGGCGGGCCAGAAAGCUGCGCUGCAGUUCCAGGUCACCUCCCCCGAGAGGAUACCGGCCACUGUGGCCCCCACCAUGCUUCUCUCUCCAAGCGUGUUCGCUCAGACAAAGCCAGGCGGCGGGAUGCCAGCAGCGGCUCAGGACAAUUGUCCCGCUGCCCCGAGCUCGCUGAGACCCCCGUCGCAGGAUGAAACCAGGGUCCUGUCCAGAAGCCAGCUCCAAGCCACACUGGUGCAUCUGAUCCAGACUGACAGCUCAUUCCUGGACUCCAUCUACGAAGCCUACGUCAGCCGCUUCGUUAGCAGCUCCGGCAGCAAGUACUGAUGACUUCUCACACCCUCUGUCUGUCCACGGGCUGUUUUUCUUCUCCCAAUAUGGAUUUACCACUUUCUCAUCCGGAUCACACACACACACACAUGCAAAUUAUAUCUCCCCUUUCCUGAACAGUCUACUCUUCACUUCAAGCCAAGUCUCUUGAUGCAACAAAAAGCACUUUCAAUAAAUGAUAACGUGUUUUAACCAUAUCAGAGAAACACACUCACUCUGAAGGCUACAAAAGGAACAACUGUACGGCUUCACCUCUUUGUUUUCCAGGUCUGCUCUUACUUAACAGCAAAGUGUAGCAAUGUUUCUUUAAUUUAAUUAAACUUCCACACUCCAUUUCAGUCGCCGAGCAACAGUCAGCCUCAUGGCCUUCAUUAAGUUCAAUUUUGGAUGUAGGGAAAGUGAGUCCAGCUCAGAGUAGCACAUCAAGAUGGUGUUUUUAGCACAGAACCAGCGAGAGCUCUAAGCCUUAACAAGGGAAACAUCAAUUCAACUCGACGAAACAACGGUGGGAGACUGUCAACCUGCACUACCUCACAGAGAGCUCGUUCAGAGACGCGUCUGUGUUUUUAUCCAGCGGCGUGACAACAGUUGCACAGUUUUUAAAGUUAAGUACGCUCAGAGUUAGUUUCUUCUGUUCAUUAAAGGGGGAUUCUAGCACACUGAAAUGUCGUUAAUGGUGUUUUCGUCACUGUUGUCUAAAUUUCUCACAAAGCCUAGACAUAUCUAGUAGUUGCUUUUGGAUCUCAGGCCUGUUUGAAGCUGAAGUUGAAGUAGGAAGUUGUUCAAAUACUGUUAAAAUAUAUGCACUAUAUAAGAAGUAAUUUCUCACUUGGGAUCAUUCAGCUCCUCACUCAUUUCUGGUGGGAACAGUUCAUUUUGUCAGCGUCGCGGUUUGCAGUUCGUGUUUUAACUCGCGUGCUGAAGUCACUGUAGCUAGUCUGUACAGCUGAAUCAAAAACAAGAGUAUGUUUUUGUGAAGAAGAAGAAAAAGAACAUAUUAUGCACUUCAUAUUUUUGUACUCCGAAGGAAAAAAAUAACCAGCAUGUAAGAAAAAAGAGAAACUACAGCUAAAAUAUACCUAUUUUCACUACCUGACAACAUAUCAGCAGUUAAUUCUCAUUUGCAGUUUUUAUAAUUAGAAUUUAAAAGACGAUGUUCGUUGUUUUUCCUGUAAAUGGUGAAGCUAAUAUGACAAACUGAUAGAAAUGUUUCUACAGAUGUUUUGUUUUUAUCUGUAUUGUUACAUAAACUGGAAUAUAUUUUAAUUGGCUACUAAAUGUUGUAAAACUGC